UCUAGUUUUCUUCGAACCGAGUAAGCCUAGAGAUGUCGGCCAGAAAUCCAGGACAGGUGUUUGAUCCAAGUUGGUUUGACAAUAUUUAUGUCAAUUUACCCGCUGUGAAGCGCAGGGCAGAGUCCUUAGGAACUCGCAGAACAGUGAAGAAACAAUGGCAAGCAGCAUGGUUGCUACGUGCAGUAACGUGCAUUGAUUUAACAACUUUGGCAGGGGACGAUACUCCAUCAAAUGUUUCAAGGUUAUGUUUUAAGGCUGCAAAUCCUGUGGGGAAGGACAUCUUGAAAGCAGUUGAAAUGGAAAAUGAGGGCAUUUCAGUUGGUGCAGUGUGUGUGUAUCCCAACCGAGUAGCUGAUUGUGUCAGGUUUCUCAAAGCUGCCAAUCGUCCUGAUAUUCCAGUAGCCUCUGUAGCAACAGGAUUCCCAACAGGACAGGUCCCGCUUCAAACACGACUAGAAGAGAUCAAAAUGGCAGUAGCAGACGGAGCCAAAGAAAUUGACAUUGUCAUCAAUCGUCAGUAUGCUUUGGAGGGAAACUGGAAAGGUGUGUAUGAUGAGGUACGCCUGAUGAGAGAGGCUUGUGGAGAGGCCCAUAUGAAGACCAUCCUAGCCACGGGGGAGUUAGGUUCCAUGGUUAAUGUUUACAAAGCAAGCAUGGCGUGCAUGAUGGCAGGAGCAGAUUUUAUCAAGACCUCCACAGGAAAAGAAGGAGUAAAUGCCAUUUUGCCAGUGGCUCUGGUCAUGGUGAGAGCUAUUCGGGAAUACUACCAGCGAACUGGGCAUAAAGUUGGAUUCAAACCUGCAGGGGGAAUAAGAAGUGCCAAGGAUGCUUGCACAUGGCUUUCCCUAAUGAAAGAGGAGCUUGGAGAUGAAUGGUUGUUUCCUCAUCUUUUUCGUCUUGGAGCUAGUGCGCUCUUAAUAGACAUAGAGAGGCAGCUUUUCCAUUACGUAUAUGGCAGAUAUGCUGCUGCACAUGAAAUCCCUAUGUCAUAAUAUAAUGAUUUUAUAUGAAAUCACAGGUGACUUUUUAGAAUGUUUUCACAAUAAGGAGAGCCUUAUAAAAGCAAGUAUGUUAGUCUCCUUAUUUGUUUCCCUUAGUCUCCUAAUCUGUUUCCAAGUAUAUUGCUAGACUAUGUGGAUGUUUUUUAACACAGUACAUGUACUUAAACUGUGUAUAUGAUGAUUAAUUUGAAUCUCCUACAGCCUGGUUUUUAAUUGAAAUUGUUCAUAUUAAUAUGUUUAUACUAAAAAUCAAAUAAUUUAUUGUUAUUUCCACACAAUAUACAUGCAUACAUGUAUCUAGAAUGGGUAUGUUUCUUGUUUUAUGAAUAAUUGACUGUACCUUAAAAGUUAAGAAUUUGUUUUAUUUUAUGUUGAUUGAGUGACAGAAAUGCAUUGAGAUGGGCUCCAUAUAUUAAAUUUGAUGGAUGUUUAUGUUAGACCUUUGGGCAGCUAUAUUUGGAGGGGAGGUUGAAUUUUAAAAUAAAAAAGAUUUUUUUUUUGUUCAAGAUAUUUAUGAAUUGGAAUUAUUUGGCGACUGUUUAAUAUAUGUACUAUGGUACAUGUAAUUAUAUUUAAUAAUUACGAAUUCAUGGAAUCUAGUCAUUUUUUUUUAAUCAAGAGGCAAAAAUUCAGCAAACAAUAAAUUCCAAUU